AUGAUGGACUGCCUGUGCCCCGCGCCACGGACCCUGGCUUGCCGCGUAGUGUUUCUAGAUGAGAGGGAAUUACUUCAUGAAAUGCAGGAUAAUAGCACGGGUCAAGUUCUGCUAGACGUCGUAUUUCGGCACCUUGAUCUUCUGGAGACAGCUUACUUCGGACUGCGUUAUGUCGAUCAAGAUAAUCAAACGCACUGGCUGGAUGCUGGUAAACGUCUGAGACGACAGCUCCGAGGUUCAGAUUCGCAUACAUUUUAUUUUGGAGUCAAAUUCUACGCUACGGAUCCUUGCAAACUAUUAGAGGAAAUAACGAGGUACCAGUUAUUUCUGCAACUGAAGCAAGACGUUCUGCGUGGUCGACUGCCUGUCAACUUCGACCUGGCAGCUGAGCUUGCAGCCUACGUCCUGCAAUCCGAGCUGGGAGAUUACGAUCCCAGAAGACACGGACCAGGCUACGUUUCAGAGUUUCGCUUUUUGACACAUCAAACACCUGAAUUGGAGGGUCGAGCUGCUGAUAUUCACAGAACAUUAACAGGUAUAUCUCCGGCGCAAGCUGAGUUAAGCUAUUUAGACAAAGUCAAGUGGCUAGACAUGUACGGCGUCGAUCUCCACCCUGUCUUGGGCGAAGACAGCGUCGAGUACUUUCUGGGACUUGCGCCAAGUGGCCUGUUGCUUCUACGAGGGAAGCAUACAGUAGCUACCUAUUAUUGGCCACGAGUCUCCAAAGUCUAUUACAAAGGACGCUACUUCAUGAUCCGCGUGGCUGACAAAAAUAACGACACUUCGACGUAUGGCUUCGAAUCACCAACGAGGGCGGCCUGCCGUCACCUGUGGCGCUGUUGCUCUGAUCAUCACACAUUCUUCAGGCUUCAGCAAUCGUCACCGGCCUCCGCUGAUAUCUUCACAUUUGGGUCAAGAUUGAGAAAUAGCAGUGGACGUGGGACCAGACCCCGGCCACCACCCAGCUUUACGCGCACGCCCUCCAGGCGCUAUGUCCGCCCUCAUGCCUCGUAUACAUCUCUACACGAUGUGCCAAAGCUAGAAGACUUAAGAAUAAAAGACUGUCCUCAAAUGAAACAACCUACCUCAGUACACCGACCUAACUCUAUUAUGCUUACUUAUAGAAUAAGUGGUGAGGCAAAUUGUGAACCAAUAACAACGACGGGGGGUUCCCCGCGAUCGACACGUUCUGCGCCGGCUCGAAGAGGGUUAUAUUCGGCGUCACCCACAGCCAACCGACCACCACCAGUGCCCAGACAUAGAUCUGCAUCCGUCGACUCUCAGAGCUCAAACGAUUCCAGAUCGAAUCGCAAGCAUAGACAUCGCUCGCGGCGACAACAAUCAGAUGCUGAAAGUGAAUUGUCAAGAGGUUCCGGUCGGUCAGGUCGAAGGCACCGACGCCAUCGAUCACGCCACAAGCACGACUCGGCAUCAGAACGAGACGAAGCACAGCCUGAUACCAAAGAGUACGAGCUAGUGGACUCCGAGUCACAAUGGAAGGAAGUAUUGAGACAGACGUCAGGCACUGGCGUUCAAGUCGCGAGCGUCCGUCGUUCACAAAUGGAGCCGGAGAUAGGAACCCAUCGUUCAUCGCACAGACCGCGAAGACACAGAAAACAUCGGUCACGGUCUGGUUCACCUGACAAAAAAUGGCUUCCGAAUGAACUCAAACAACACUUGGAGUUCUCCCUAGUGGAUACUGCGGGAAUGACGGAAGAGCAACUUAAGGAGAUACCAUAUACAGUCGUACAGACGAGCCAUGCACGGCAUACGAAGUUGCGAACGACGUCAAAGCAUAGGCAGAACGAGCCCGGAUCCCUGUCAAGACGGGAGAAGGGUCACAAAAGUGAUCACGACAAUCACAAUCAAGGCUCACUCAGAUCGGUCUCGAGCACCCUCAGCGCGCACAGGACCUCUAACGAGAAACAUGGAAGGCGCAUCUACCCAUGCUACGACGACCCAGCGCUUCGAGCGGGCGAUGACUUUCUCACAAACAAUGGCUACAAAAGCUCUGCGACUCCAGUAAAUAACAACCCUUAUAGUCCAGUCACCAACAGCAACAGCAAUAGCUCCAGCGGCGAACUGAUAGGCAGUGCCAGAGUGUCACAUGAGCACACAGAUUCCGGUCUAGGCGCUGACCAGGAUUAUGCUUAUUCUUCCGAGAGGUCAAGCGACAGCGCGAAGUGCGGCGCUGGUGGUUCGCUGGCUCCUGUGAGUAGGCAGUGGGUCGGUGCGUGCGGCGUGGAGGUGGGGACCGGUGGCGGGGUGUGGCGACGACCGCCAGCUGGUCCGGGGCGCGCGCGCGCAGCCACCGGUUCGCAGCGGUCUCUCGUGUCUGUCGCCAGCGAUAGUGCUGCCACGAGACGAUCACACCACGCACAUGCCCCGCCACGCGUACAUCCCCACCCCGCGCACUCUGGCUUUUCUCUCUUCAGGCACGCUAGCAACAACAACAUAGUGGUCGGCGACAGCGGGUCCCUGGCGCGGCGAUACGCGCGGCCGUCGCGCGACUACAACGCGAACGUGCCGCGGACGCACGCGCGUCACGCACGCCACGACACCACCCUCGACAUUAUCCUUAAACCGCUCAUAGAAAGCACGCAGCUGCAAAGCAACUGA